GCGCGGCGCGGGCGCCAUGGCGCGGCGGGUGCCAGUGGUGGACGUGCAGAGUGACAACUUGGCGGAGCUGUGGCCCUCCAUGCUGCUGGCGUUGCGCACCGCCACCUUCGUCGCCGUGGACACGGUGCAUCGAGGAGCGGUACAAGGCCGUCUGCUGCGCAGCCCGCACCCGCUCCAUCCUCUCCCUUGGCAUUGCCUGUUUCAAGCAGCUGCCGGAGAAGCUGGCUGUGACAGGUAUGGCUGUGUUGCUUUGCACACUCUCCCCUGCAGUCGGAGAACGCGUACCUCUGCCAGAUCUACAACCUGACACUGCUCUGCAUGGAGGAGUACAUCGUGGAACCCCAGUCAGUGCAGUUCCUGGUGCAGCAUGGCUUUGACUUCAACAAGCAGUACAGCCAGGGGAUUCCGUACCACAAGGGGAAUGACAAGGGCAAUGAGAACCAGAGCAGGAGCGUUCGGACGUUUUUUCUGGAGCUCAUACGAGCGAAGAAGCCUCUCAUUCUCCACAACGGCCUGAUUGAUCUGGUCUUCCUGUACCAGUGCUUCUAUGCUCACCUGCCAGACAACCUCAGCACCUUCACUGCUGACCUCUCGGAGAUGUUUCCAGCGGGAAUAUACGACACCAAGUAUGCUUCAGAGUUUGAGACUCGCUUUGUAGCAUCCUACCUGGAAUAUGCUUACAAGAAGUGCAAGCGAGAGAACUGCAAGCUGAAGGACUCCAGCAGCCAGCACCUCACCGUUGAGUUCUGCAACUACCCUGCCAACUUGUCCCAUUAUAUCGACUAUCGCCACUGCUCUCUGGAAGAAGAAAGCCACAACGUGGGAGGGGGAAAUAAAGUGCCCAUCUGUGAGAAAUUUUCAGCCUACGGCUGGUGUCCCAAAGGGGUGAACUGUCCACAGUCUCAUAACAUUGACCUCAUAAUUGAUGAGGACGACAGGCUUUGGGAGGAGAAGAGGAAGAAACGGAAGCACAAAUGGAAGCGUCGGAAGAACACAGAAGAGCGAGCAAAAGUGUUUGAACCGGAAAGCACGGGGAAAGAUACAGAGCUGGCUCAGAAUGGGGAGGAGGGGCCGCCCCGAAAACAGAGCUGCUAUGAGCCUGCAGAGGUCACACCCAGCGGCGAGGGCAGGCCACUGCAGGACUCCAUGGACAUGGAACCAGAGGUCAGCUCAGACACCAGCUCACAACGGGAAGAGGAUUUGGGGAGCACAGAAGUUGCUGCUGCCCCGCUCUUGGCUGCUGUGAGCCCUUCUCCCAAAGGAAAUGCCUCUGAUGGCGGCCAAGUAGAGGGGAAGCCAGAGGUUCCCACUGGCGUGGGCUCAAUCAGUCCCCCAGACAUCCCCCUGACUGAAGCAGCACGUGCUGCGGAAAAGGGAAAGGAACCCCAUGGCCCGCCCCACGGGGGCACCCACCGAGCCGGCUUUGAUGCGUUCAUGACUGGCUAUAUCAUGGCUUACGUCUGGAUGCUGAAGAAAGGAAAAAACACAGAGGCUGGGGCUGAGCCCUGGCUACCAGACUGCCACAAUAAACUGUACCUCAGUGGGAAAUCGGUGCCACUUCAGAUAGUGAAGAGCUUGUUUUCCAAAUCUUCCAAAGCUCACAGUCAGAAGAUGAAGUUGGCCUGGGCCAGUGGGUAGAGUGAGGGGACUCCUCCCUGAAGGGGUGCUUUGUUUCUCCCCCUUGAGUUUUGAAGUUCUUUAUUCCAACAAGAACUGACCAGAGGGGGAGCAAAUUUCUUAACUCCUGUUUUUGUUUUAACAUCCAACUGAUUAAAUUACUCUCACUUGGAAUCCCCCUAGUGUUCUCUAGGGGCAUGUUGGGCUGUGAAGGCAGAGGCAAGGUUGGAAAAUGCACAUCUCCAACUGCACCCAGGGCUGCGAGUUUCAGUUUAGGGCUCUGGAAAGACCACACACACCAGCUGCUCUAGCGGAGGUUUCACUUCUUGCAGGAGAUAAAGAGGGUAAUUGCUUGGUAAGAAGAGGAGAGGCCAGAGCUUCCCACUUUAACUUCUUGGCUUGUUGCAGCCCCAGCCUCAUCCUAGGUCUUGCCUCUAUCCUUCCUGCACCUACAGCCUCACUCCAUGCUGCCAUUUAACCAAGUGGUUUAGGGUGGGACAGCCCUUUGCAGAAGGUCAGGGUCUUGCCUACAACACAGCUGAAAGCUCCGAGCUGUUGACCCACGGAGCCACCCUGAUGGAAAAGGCUGUAAAAAUCACUGGAGGAUGAUGCAAUGCAUCUGCCAGACGCCGGCUGGCGUACCUUUCUAUGAAUGUUUAGGCAACUGUUGCUGGUGGUAGGGGAAACUCCCUCCAGCUCUCCUCGGUCCUUGUUUCUCUAGGGAGCUCACAGUGGAAAAGAGCAUUGUGGUUUUUCUUUUAAGAAAACAGGCGCUGACCGAGGCCCGUUUAGAACAUGUACUUGGGAGAGCCACGUCCCUUCCUAUUUGUACGUGACUAAUCUUGGUUACAGCAGACUUAGCUGAGUGCUAUCAAAAGCCUUCUUGUCCUGUGGGCCAUGAGUUACACCCUUCAGAGCACUGUAGAGCAGAGCAGAAGUCCUCGCAUUCCAUGGAUUUAAUAGUAUAACCCUUCAAAAUAAGAUGCAGCAGAGAAAGAGCACUGAGUAAGG